UGUUUUAUGGCUAUAGAGUCAAAGCAAGGGUUGAAUUCCACAAAUCAAAAGCCAACCCUUUUUAGAGAACCAACUCUCUAGCACAACCAGGGCCCCAGGCUGCUCUGAGAAGACAACUGGAAAAAACACAGAAUACCCUCUCUCCUUGGGCCAUCUCACAAGCUGCUAGCCAAGCAUCGGAGCCAGACAGCCUCUUCCUUGGCCAUACCUGCAGGGAACCCAGCGCUGGGGAUGUGACAGCUGCUCAUGGUGCUUGCUGCGCUUCUCUCUGGGGAUGGCAGAGAUGAGAGGGAUGCUGUUGAUGCUGCUGUACAUGUCCCACUCGUCAUCUGCCAUUUGUGGCAUCCAGAAAGCCAACACCGAGGACGUGUUAAAGGAGAACCUUGUAAGCAGCACCGAGUUCCCCUGGGUGGUGUCCAUCCAGGACAAACAGUACACCCACCUGGCGUUCGGCUGCAUUCUCAGCGAGUUCUGGAUCCUCAGCACCGCCUCCGCUCUCCAGCAAAGGAAGGAGGUCAUUGCUGUUGUUGGUAUAUCUAACAUGGAUCCCCGAAAGACUGACCACAGAGAGUAUUCAGUCAAUACCAUCAUCCCCCACGAGAACUUUAAUAACAACUCAAUGAGCAAUAACAUAGCCCUCCUGAAGACAGAAUCUGCCAUACAUUUCAACGACCUGGUCCAGGCCAUCUGCUUCCUGGGCAAAAAGCUACAUAAACCACCAGCCUUGAGGAACUGCUGGGUAGCAGGAUGGAAUCCCACGUCUGCAACAGGAAAUCACAUGACAAUGAGUAUCCUGAGGAGAAUCCCCGUAACAGACAUUGAAGUGUGUCCUAUACAUAGAGACCGGAAAACAGAAUGUGCCAGUCACACAAAUAAGGAACCCAACAAUGUUUGCCUGGGGGAACCAGGAAGCCCUAUGAUGUGUCAAGUAAAGAAGCUAGGUCUCUGGAUCCUGAGAGGACUCCUGGCCUAUGGAGGCGACUCAUGCCCUGGACUGUUUCUGUACACCAGUGUGGAAGACUACAGCGACUGGAUCAUGGCCAAGACGAGGAAGGCUGGCUCUUCCCUGUCCUCGCUCCACCUCUGGGAGAAGUUGAUCCCUGAGCUCCCCUUUCACGAAUCAAAUAUUGCCCUGACAAAGAAUUCGUAUUCUGUACAUAGCUAUACUGAAUGGCCCCACUCCUACUCCCAAGGACAAAGAAUAUCCACUACAUACAACAAGCAGAAUAAUACUGGGCAGAACUUCAGGGUAAACGGGCAACCGGAAACAGGCGGGCCUUCGAAGGUGGCUAUUCAACCCAUGUACUAUGACUACUACGGUGGGGAGGCGGGGGAGGACGGGGCUGUGGCUGGCCAGAACAGGCUGCGUUGGUCCCAAGAAAGGAUCUUGAUGUCCUUCGUGCUUGUUUUCUUGGGCAGCGGUGUCUAGCUAGGAGCUAACCUACUACCACAGAGAAGAAGCCUCAGAGGGCAAGACGGUCGGGAUCUGCCGUACUGUUCUGGUGUCUGCCCUUGAUAGGUGCCCCCUGGGUGGCCACGGGCAGGCCCACGGCAGCACCGGGCUGGCUCUCCUUCCUCCGUCCCACUCC